GGAGGAGGAAGGACACGCUGAUUCAAGUCGUUGGGAGGGGAGACAGACGAGCCUGGCACAGAAGCUUUUCUUUUACCUUUUGAAAAAGCAAUGCUAAAUACCAUCCUUUAGAUUCUUCUCCUUCUCCUCCUUCUCUGUCCUUGACUUGGCUGUUUUCUCCCUCUCUUUUGCUGUCAAAGAAUCACUCAGCGAGGCACGCCAUAAACAUAGCUCUAUGUUAUGAUCAAAGUUUAGUGAAUGAGUGUAAAUUCUCUAACAAACGACCUCGGCUGCAUUCUUAGUUCGCAUCUGGGUUUUGCCAUUUGUCGCAAAACACAUAACAGAGCCAUGACGAAGAUAAGCCCUGAAGUCAAAGUCAAGAUGCCAAUGGAAGCAGUUCCGCCUGUUUCAGCUGAUGUGAGCUUUGUUUCCAACAGUUUUCCAAAAUAUAAACUAGGGCCUGAUAACCAAAUUGUGGAAGAGCCAAUGGAGGAAAACCAUGGGCCUUCCUUGAAGGAGGUGAUUGAGCAAGAAGUAUCUAACUUGUCAGAUCAGCACAAACGACUCUCAGUUCGUGACCUUGCCAGCAAAUUUGACAAGAACUUAGCCUCAGCUGCUAAGUUGGCUGAUGAGGCGAAGCUUAGAGAGAUACCAUCUUUGGAGGGACAUGUUCUUUUAAAAAAGCUAAGAGAUGCAUUAGAAUCUUUAAAAGGCCGUUUGCAAGGAAAACAUAAGGAGGAUGUGGAGAAAGCUAUUUCUAUGGUGGAAGCUUUAGCAGUUAAGCUGACUCAAAAUGAAGGAGAACUAAUUCAAGAGAAGUUUGAAGUGAAUAAGCUAGUGAACUUUCUCAAACAGGCUUCUGAAGAUGCUAAGAAACUUGUUAAUCAAGAGAAGUCUUUUGCUUGUGCUGAAAUUGAGAGUGCUGGAGCAGUAGUGUUGAGAAUUGGGGAGGCCCUUGAGGAGCAGGAAAAAGCUUUCCAAGCUUCUAAGAGACAGGAUGUGGAAGAACUGGUAGAGGAGGUUCAGGAGGCUCGAAGAAUCAAAUUGUUGCAUCAUCCAAGCAAGGUGAUGGCCAUGGAACAUGAGCUUCGUGCUUUGAGAGAUCAAAUUCGAGAAAAAUCCCUUUUUUCAAUGAAGCUUCAGAAAGAGCUCACAAUGAGCAAGAAGAAUGAGAACCAAUCCAGUGUAUACAAGUUAGAUGGUUCUGAAACGUUAGGUUCGUACUUGCAAGUGCACCCUUGCUCGGAUGAAGUGCCACAGACAUCGAAAUGUUUGUUCCAGUGGUAUCGUUUGUCAUCUGAAGGCAGCUGGAGAGAGGUCAUUUCAGGUGCCAACAGAUCAAUAUAUUCUCCAGAUCCCUCUGAUGUUGGGCGAAUCUUACAAGUAGACAUUGUCUCCAAUGGCAAAAAAGUCACAUUAACAACUAAUCCUAUUCAAACUGUUUCAGGACUUAGAAGCCAUGUGGACUCACUUCUUCGAAAAUCUAAUACAGAAUUUAAUGUUGUCAUUUCUCAAAUGAAUGGACAAGAUCACUCAUCACAUUCAGUUCAUGCAUUUAAUGUGGGGAGAAUGAGGAUAAAGUUAUCUAGAGGUUGGAUUACAAAAGCUAGAGAAAUUUACUCCCCAUCCAUGCAGCUAUGUGGAGUUAGAAGCGAUACCAGCAACGCAGCAAAGGCCUUGUUUUGGCAAGCGAGGAAGGGGCUGUCCUUUGUAUUAACAUUUGAAUCAGAAAGAGAUAGGAAUGCAGCCAUUAUGGUUGCCAGGAAAUAUGCUCUUGAUUGCAAUGUGGUGCUUGCUGGGCCUGAGGAUCUUGUAUAGGGGCAAACUUUACUGACCGAGUCUCAACAGAAAGUGAGACUUAUCAUUUUUAGUGUGAGUAUAUACAUACAUGUGGGCUUGUUUUGUUGAAGGAAUAUAUAUAUGCCUUUGGUUGUUUUUGUGAUGGGGGCUUCCACUAAUUGGGCUGUGGUUUGUUGUUUUAGGCAUGGGUUUUUUAAACUUGCCUAAUCAAAUGCUGUAGCAAAUUCAGCUUUUAUAAUCAUUAGAUCAUUUGUUCA